AUGCCAGGCAAUACAAUGGAAGACACAUGUGUUAUUAGUCUUGGAGAAAUUGAUAACGUGAUGGUUUUCACGAAUAAUCUUAGGGAUGACCGCAUCACUAUCCCCAAGAGCAUGGUUGCGAUGAUAGAUUUGAGCUUGUUUGCCAACUCCAUUAAACGGAUCUCAGAGAUUACUUUCUUACGGAUGUCAGCCUUGCUAUUGAUAGCA